GCAAGAAUGGUAUUUUCUCAAGCUGUAAAUCAGAGAGGGUUUUCAUCAUCUCUCACCAAAAUUUCAAAUUUCCUCUCUGAGAGAUUCCAUCUUCUAAUCGAAGCUGUCACUCAAAUCUCUUAAUUUGGAAGACCACCGACCCUUCUCCUUUAAUUCCGAUUUCUAGCCUUCCUGUGUCGUAUUUGCGAAAAAUUAGUGUCUUUGCUCCAAAAAUCGCUCUGUAAUUUAGCUGGAAUUUGUAUCUUUCCUCCGUCCCAUUCCAGCUAAAACAUACGGACGAAUCUCUCACUCUCUCUUUCUCUCUGUACUGAGCUUCUCUCAACACCUGUUACCCUCUUUUGGCCCCUUUCCUCUCUCUUCUCUCUUUAAAUUCUUGCAGUCGGUUUUCUUAAAUUCCCCAUCCAGAUCUGGUCUGUCUUCUCCUCCUCUCAGCAGCUGUUAGAAUCCAUGGCAGGGGUGAUUUUGUGAUAGAUCAACAAGAGUAGUUGGUUCUCCGUGCAACGAUGAAGGCACUCAUUCUCGUCGGAGGGUUCGGUACGCGUCUGCGGCCAUUGACGCUCAGCGUUCCAAAGCCGCUUGUGGAUUUUGCUAACAAACCCAUGAUUCUGCAUCAGAUUGAAGCUCUGAAAGCUAUUGGAGUGACAGAAGUUGUUCUAGCCAUCAAUUACCAACCAGAGGUGAUGCUGAACUUCUUGAAGGAAUUCGAGAGCAAGCUGGGGAUGAAGAUCACUUGCUCGCAGGAGAACGAGCCAAUGGGCACUGCAGGUCCCCUGGCUCUAGCCAAGGAUAAGCUGCUAGAUGGUUCCGGUGAGCCUUUCUUCGUACUCAACAGCGAUGUUAUCAGUGAGUACCCGCUCAGGCAAAUGAUCGAAUUCCACAGAGCUCAUGGUGGAGAGGCUUCAAUAAUGGUAACCAAGGUAGAUGAACCAUCAAAGUACGGCGUCGUGGUCAUGGAGGAGAAGACUGGGAAAGUAGAGAAGUUUGUAGAGAAACCGAAGAUCUUCGUGGGCAACAAGAUUAAUGCCGGGAUCUACCUGCUGAAUCCCUCCGUCAUCGACCGGAUCCAAUUGCGGCCCACUUCGAUUGAGAAAGAGGUCUUCCCUAAGAUUGCUGCAGAGCAAAAGCUCUAUGCAAUGGUCUUACCUGGAUUCUGGAUGGACAUUGGGCAGCCAAGGGAUUACAUCACAGGCCUGGGGUUGUAUCUGAACUCCCUCCGGAAGAACUCUCCUUCCCGGCUAGCUGUCGGGCCCCACAUUGUGGGGAAUGUCCUGGUCCAUGAGAGUGCAGUCAUUGGGGAGGGCUGCCUGAUUGGCCCAGACGUGGCGAUCGGGCCGAACUGCGUGGUCGAGUCUGGGGUGAGGCUAUCCCGGUGCACGGUCAUGCGUGGGGUCCGCAUCAAGAAACAUGCGUGCAUCUCCAGCAGCAUCAUCGGGUGGCACUCUACGGUGGGGCAGUGGGCCCGUGUCGAGAACAUGACCAUCCUUGGGGAGGACGUCCACCUAUGCGAUGAGAUAUACAGCAAUGGUGGGGUUGUGCUGCCCCACAAGGAGAUCAAAUCCAGCAUCCUGAAGCCUGAGAUAGUCAUGUGAGUGAGAGAGCUGACUUGUGUGCCGGAUAUUGAUAAUGUUUUUAGAUGUUUGUUUUCUCUUUUCUUCUCUUUCAUCCUUCUUUCGCUCUCUAUCUCAAGUGUAUCUAAGGUUCGUUGUUUCAGCGAGUUCUGCUGGUCUCUUGUUGGGGGGGCGGGUGCAUACACUGGUUUUGUGGUGUAUUGUCUUUUUACAAGCAAUUCUCGGUGUAUAUACCCGACUGUUUAUACUAGUGGGGACCCUUUGUAAUUUGUUUGGAAUGCCUUUUUUUAUUU